AUGGAGAAAAUUCUUGAUGUCAUGGAACAACAUGUCCAUGAAUCUCUUCCUGGGGGCUUUAGUGAGGAGGAAUGGAUUACAUGGGAAGAAAUGAGGGAUCAAGACUUGAGGAUUAGGACUUAUAUUUUGGCAUCUAUAACCAAUGAGCUCCAACGUCAGCAUAAGCACAUGACUGACGCUCGUAGUAUGAUUGUGAAUUUGCAAGAGCUCUAUGGGAAAUAUAGUCGAACGGUUAGAUAUGAGAUAUCUAAGCAACUAUUCAAGGCCAAGAUGGAAAAAGGCACUGAUGUGGGAGACCAUGUACUCAAGAUAAUCAAUUUGAUUGGUCAAUUUAAAGUACUGGACUUCUACAUGGAUGUUGAGCUGCAGAUUGACCUUAUCCUCUAG